AUUACCGGGUUCUUUAACUUUAGCUCGGUUGCUCGAUUUUGAAUUAUUCACUUUCCCCUCUUCCGAAAUAUAUCUCUGUGACAAAUAACAAUCUCUACUCUCAAUCUCUGGUGUGUUUGACGACGACAAUCUCAUUCAAAAGCUGGGUUUCCCUUCCUGUUUUUCUUGAGUUGCAGGCUUGAUUAAUAUUAACAAAGAAACCAACACGAACCACAGAGAAUGAGCGAUCUGGUACCAGGCACCGAUCCACCCGCAGCGGAACUCAAGAGCGGUUUCGAUGCUGCUCGAAUCGCAGAAGUAAAAGCAUGGCUCGCUUCUCAAUUCGAUGCGGCAGGCAAAGAGGUGCCUGAAUUCGAAUACACGCCUCGAAGUGUUGCUCAUUUGCACAACAUCGCCACUAUCUCUCAGGCCAAGAGUCAGGCUGCUGGUAUUGUUGCUUCCGAUCUCCGCCAGAAGGCUGCGGAGUAUCGUUCUCAAGCUGCAAGAAUCAGAGAGAUACUGGAGCAUGCGGGUUUGGCGCAGGAAAGCUUACCCUCCAAUGUCAUUUCAUCGGCACAGGUUCUGGCAAAUGUGGCCAAUCUGUUGAAUAUAAGAGAUACUGAGAUGAGUAGUUUUCUAGUUGCAAUGGGGGAUAUCUCUUUGAGGAAGACGGGAGUGGAGGAGAAGAGGGCUAAAGUGCAGAAGGAGUCCAGAGUGCUUCUUGACUAUACCCGGAAGGCAAUUGCGAGGCUUACAUACUUGAAAAGGACCCUUGCACAGUUGGAAGACGAUGUACCUGCUUGUGAGGAACAAAUGCAUCACUGGAAGACAAAUUUGAAACUCAUGAUCAAGAAAGAGCAACAAUAUUUCCAGCAAUAUUCUAAUUACAAGGCAAUAUUGAAUCGCGUGGGCUACACUCCAGAGAUUAGCCAUGGUGUUCUGGUUGAAAUGGCUGAACACAAGAAGGAGUUGGAGAAAAAAACUAAGCCAAUCUUGGAUACAUUAAGAAGCUACCAAGAUUUGCCUCCUGAUAAAACUCUCGCUGCUCUAGCUAUUGAGGACAAAAGAAGGCAAUAUGCUGCUGCAGAGAAGUAUCUUGAGGAAGUGUUGCAUUCAGCUCUUUCCACUACAGAAUAAUUUCCUGGUCUAUGACACCCCGUCUUGUUGUGCUCCUUAUGCAACAUUAAUUUCAGUGAUUGCUGCCUGAAUCUCAGGCAGCAAGUGGAGUGGAGUCAUGUGAGCAGGAUGAGUUGCAGAUUUUUAUGGAUGAAAUAGAAGAAAUGGAUUUCCAAGGAGAAUGUUUGCCUUAUUGGGGGUACUAUGAAGUAUGAACAGAUGAGAUGGAACUGAGUUUGCUUUAUGUGUGCUGAAUCAUGAGCUGUCUUGUGAAAUGGAGUGUAAUGAAUGAGAGAGAGAGAGAGAGAGAGAGAGAGAGAGAGAUUCUACUUAUAAUAAUUUGUUAUGAAUUCAUGUCAAUAUGAUAUUUUAGGCUGUGUUUUGUAUGCAUUCUUGGAAUGCAUUCUGGACCAAGAACACAUUCUGGACUAUUAAAAACAUUGUUUGGUAAGUA